AGAGAAARCUUAUCAKUGCUCUGACUGCAAGAAGASCUUURCAAGAKUUGGCUCUUUAAAGGCACAUAAGUUCACACAUUCAGAGAAGAAGAUGUACRACUGCUCUCAGUGUGAGUCGAGCUGCACAACGCCAGMCGCAUUGAAGAAUCARCAGCUUAUACACACUGGAGAGAAGCCUUACCACUGCUUCCACUGUGAUAAGAGCUUCCUUUGGCAACAGUCUCUCAAAGAACACGAGCGUCUUCACAAGGGAGAGAAACCGUAUUCUUGCUCAGACUGCGASAACAACUUUGCCACAAUGGCAACCUUGCGAAUUCACCAGCGAAGACACACAGGAGAGAGGCCAUACCAAUGCCCUUUCCCUGACUGUGGGAAGAGUUUUGCCCAGGCCAGCGCCUUGAAAGUUCACAAGAGAAGGCACACAGGAGAGAAGCCGCACCACUGUGAUCAGUGUGGGAUGAGUUUUGUCACGUCAGGUGACUUGCAAUCUCACCAGCAAACUCACUCCAAAAAGAAGCCAUACUGCUGCACAGAGUGUGGACUCAGUUUUUCUAGAUCUGAUUCCUUAAAGAUUCACCAGAGAGUCCACACAGGAGAGAGGCCGUACAGCUGCUCAGAGUGUGACAAGAGUUACACUUUGAAGGYUCACCUUACUAGACACCAGCUGACACACACAGGAGAGAAACCUCACCCCUGCUCUGACUGUGGGAAGAGUUUUAUUCUCUCAGGCACCUUAAAAACACAUCAGUUAACACACACAGGAGAGAAGCCUUACCACUGUUUUGAUUGCAAGAAGAGUUUUACCACUAAGGGUCAACUGACUGGACACCAGCAGAGACACACAGGAGAGAAACCUCACUACUGCUCCGAGUGCAGCAAGAGCUUCAAGUGUUCAAUGGACCUGAGAUGCCACGUUCAGCGCAUACACAGUGGGACACCCUACCACUGCARCCUCUGUGAGCGCAGCUUCAGCUCCCCACAGCAUCUGAAGUACCACCAGAUGACACACACGGGAGAGAAACCAUUCAUAUGCACCGACUGRGGAAAGAGAUUCACUCAGGCRGGGGUUUUGACGUACCACAGGAGGAUUCACACCGGAGAGAAACCUCACAGCUGUGAUCAGUGUGACAAGAGUUUCAGUAAAAGGAGCAGUCUGCAYUCACACCAGCGGACACACACAGGAGAGAAGCCUUACAGCUGUGAUGAAUGUGGGAAGAGAUUCACUAAUUCAGGAACCCUGGUUUCGCACAAGAGAAUACACACCUGAGAGAAAUCUUACCACAUACAGGAGCGAGGCCUAAUGACUGUGCACAAGAGAACACACACUGAUCAGACGUAUUUUAUG